GCGGGGGAAACGUGAAAGUUCAAAACAGAGCAACGGCAAAACAGCUGUGCAAAAUGUAGUGUUGGAAAGCAAGUCAAAGGAAGCUGUGCUGGAAACCGAGUCGAAAGAAACUGUUGCUGGAAAACAGACCUGUCUCACUUUCAUUUCAUGUGCGACGUUGUAAGUCGUUCUGGCAAAAUAAAAAUCACAUUUUCAAUAAUCUGAACGUAAUGGCGCCCCGCAGAAUUGCUCGUAUUUUGGCGGCCAACCAGGCGUCCCCUGCCGCCCCGCCCUUGACCCGACGCGCUGCGUUCCUCCGCGCAGUGGAGGCCAUAUCCUCCCAUCCCAGGCGCCGCAGGACCACCACCACUGCCAGCCAGCGCCGUGCAAUCCAGAGCGCUGCCAACCAGCCGUCCGCUGAGGACCCUUCCGUUACCAACCGUCGCGGGAUCAAUAGCCGCGGUACCAAUCGCCGUGGGACCAACCGUCUUCCUGUGCAGGACACCGCACCGAUCGUGACGCUCCUCCAGAGUCCCGACCCACAACGUGGCACCGGUAGGAGUGACGUCAUGGAAGCUUUGGCCGCUAGCUUAGCAGUUGCGGUGCCAGAAAAUCGAAUGGUCAGUGAAUUAUGCGUACGCCGCCUCCGCAAGGAGAUGGCGAAAAUGACGAGCGAUCCGACGGACGGGUGCACGGUGGAGUUAGUGGACGACUGUAUCUACGACUGGAAGGCCGUUAUUCUCGGGCCCUUGGACACGCCCUACGAGGGAGGCCACUUUGAACUACGCCUCCACUUUCCGCACGCGUACCCGUCUCUACCACCGGAGAUACUGUUCCGUACAAGGGUCUUCCAUUGCAACAUACACAACGGCGCUAUCUGCGUGGAUAUUCUAAACUCGAAUUGGUCGCCCGCCCUGAACGUGGAGAAGAUACUUUUGUCCAUCCAGUCGCUGCUGUCGGACCCCAACCCCGAGAGCCCCUUGAACUGCGUCGCUGCCGAGAUGUACAAGACGAACCGCGAGCAACACAACCGCAUAGCACGGCAGUGGACCUUCCGCUUCGCCCAGCCUUUAGAUUCCACAUAGUCUGAAUAGUCCCACACUUUCCGAAUUCUUCGGGCACCAUGAGAACAUACUAACAUAAUAUACAAUUUAUAUUUGACUGAAAUAAAGGCCCAGGCUGUGAGUUGUUUGCCUCACACAAUGAUAACAGA